GAAACAUACAGUAAACCAACCGGCUACUCGAUCUUAAACGCCCUCUUGCGGGUAAAGGCCGUCAUCCAAAAUGGAAAAUCAAGUUAAAAAGGCGAAGAUGGAAAUAUCAGAAGGAGUUUUAUUUGGUAUGGGAAAUCCCCUGUUGGAUAUUUGUGCAACAGUUGAUGAUGAUUUUCUGAAGAAGUAUGAUCUCAAGGCCAAUGAUGCAAUUCUAGCAGAAGACAAACACAAACCUCUGUACCAAGAUAUGCUGGAUACAUACAAGUCUGUGGAUUACAUUGCUGGUGGGGCCACACAGAAUGCAAUCAGGGUGGCAACUUGGUUGCUAGGGACCCCACAGUCUACAACCUUCAUGGGGUGUGUUGGCAAGGACAAGUUUGGGGAGAUUCUCAAAUCCAAGGCUGAGGGAGAUGGUGUUAAUGUCAAAUACCAGUACAAUGAGAAAGAAUCCACUGGUACAUGCGGGGUGUUGUUGACUGGAGAGAACAGAUCCCUAUGUGCUAACUUGGCCGCAGCUAACUGCUUCACCGUGGACCAUCUAGAUGUUCCUGACAACUGGGCCUUGGUGGAAAAGGCAAACUACUAUUAUAUUGCUGGUUUUUUCCUCACUGUGUGUCCCCCAGCCAUCCAGAAGGUAGCUAAGCAUGCCUGUGAGAAGAACAAGACAUUUAUGAUGAAUUUAUCUGCACCGUUCCUCUGCCAGUUCUUCAAAGAGCCUAUGAUGGCUGCUCUUCCCUAUGUAGAUAUUCUAUUUGGAAAUGAAACAGAAGCUGCAACAUUUUCAAAAGAACAAAAUUUUGAUACCGAAGAUGUAAAAGAAAUUGCCCUGAAGGCAGCAGCGUUAACCAAAGAAAACAAAUCUCGCUCAAGAAUGGUUGUUUUCACUCAGGGGGCAUCGCCUGUGUUAAUUGCACAUGAGGGGAAGGUGACUGAGUAUCCUGUCAUCCCUAUAGCUGAGAAGGACAUGGUGGACACCAAUGGAGCUGGUGAUGCUUUUGUUGGAGGUUUCUUGGCUCAGUAUGUUCUUGGCAAGCCAGUAGAGGAGUGUGUACGUUGUGGACACUAUGCAGCCAACAUAGUGAUAAAGCGGUCUGGCUGUACAUAUCCGGACAAACCAGAUUUCAAGUGAUAAUAAUGGUAUUGGAUCUUUAGUACAUCUUUCACAACGAAUGAUGAUAAUGGUCAUAUAUGUGCAUUUGAAAGAUGUGCAAACGAGUAACCUGUGGGAAGGUGUGACAUAACAGAUAUUUUGAUUGCAUAAAACAAUAUUUUAUAUGUUCUGAAAACCAAUUAUUAGACUCUAUGAUAUAUAUAUAUAUAUAUAU